AAUCGUUAUAGAGUACGCUAGUGUGCCUAACGUUGAGUCGCAGAGGUUUCUGGCCACUUCUUGCCAUUUCGAUUUUAGACGAAGAAGUGGACGUUAGAAGAAGAGGUUAGAAUUUUAGACGAUUACAGUUUGGUAAUCUGAAAAAUGGGUUUUCAAAAUAUUUGGUACUCGCACCCAAGAAAAUAUGGACAAGGAUCUAGAUCCUGUCGUGCUUGUGCGAACAAGCAUGGUUUGAUAAGAAAAUAUGGAUUAAACAUCUGUCGCCAAUGUUUUCGCGAAUAUGCUGCCGACAUUGGCUUUAAAAAGCUGGAUUAACAACAAUGAAAUAGCUAAUUGGAUAAUAUUUAUAUUCAUCUUUAUUUAUAUAUGAGAUACAAUAAAAUGAAAUUUUUCUACUAAA